AUGCCAAGGGCGAAAGGAGGAGGCAAGCAGAAGACCACAGGGAUGCAGUCUCUGCUGACCCUGGUUGAUCAGAAGCAUUGGAGGAAAGUCCGCCCCCUGUUCAAAGCUUCUUGGUCCAGACAGCCCAGGACAGAUGGUGUGAGCAGUUCUGCCAAGCCAGCCGUUUCUGCUGCACGGCAGCAUGAACCAGCUAUGAGUACACGUGUCCUCCUCCCUUCUGAGCCGCCUCCCCCCAUCCUACCGUCCAGGUCGUCUCGGAGAGCCGGGCUGAGCUCCCUGCGCCGUGAAGCCGCUUCCUCCAGCUAUCUGUUCUAUACACGGCAGUGUGUGUAUGUCAGUGCUGCACUCUCGGUCAUCCCACCUUCUCCUCCCCCGGCUCCGAGCCCAGCAGUCCACUCUCUACUUCUGAGUCUCUGCUCCUGUCCUGCAAAAGUAGAGCUGAUAAACAGCAAUCUGGAGCCCCAGAUUAGGAAUCGAUUUCAGGGUGGCUCAUGGUUCAAAAUCCAGAGGCAGGAUGCUUCAUCUGCAGACAUUAGAAAAGCAUAUCGUAAGCUUUCACUAACUCUGCAUCCAGACAAGAAUAAAGAUGAAAAUGCAGAAACUCAGUUUAGACAAUUGGUGGCCAUUUAUGAAGUUUUAAAGGACGAUGAACGAAGGCAGAGGUAUGAUGAUAUUCUGAUCAAUGGACUUCCAGAUUGGCGACAGCCUGUAUUCUACUACAGGCGGGUGAGAAAAAUGAGCAAUGCUGAGCUGGCAUUACUUUUGUUCAUUAUUCUCACAGUGGGUCAUUAUGCUGUGGUUUGGUCAAUCUACCUGGAAAAACAACUGGAUGAACUGCUCAGUAGAAAAAAGAGAGAAAAGAAAAAAAAGACAGGCGGCAAGACUGUGGAUGUAUCAAAACUUGGUGCUUCAGAAAAAAAUGAAAGAUUACUGGUGAAACCACAGUGGCAUGAUUUGCUUCCCUGCAAGCUGGGAAUUUGGUUUUGCCUUACACUAAAAGCAUUGCCUCAUCUAAUCCAGGAUGCUGGGCAGUUUUAUGCUAAAUAUAAAGAAACAAGAUUGAAGGAAAAGGAAGAUGAACUGACAAGAGCUGAACUUGAAACACUUCAAAAACAGAAGAAAGUUAAAAUAAAAAAACCAAAACCUGAAUUUCCUGUAUAUACGCCUUUAGAAAGUACAUAUAUUCAAUCUUAUGAUCAUGGAACUUCUAUAGAAGAAAUUGAGGAACAAAUGGAUGACUGGUUAGAAAACAGGAACAGAACACAGAAAAAACAGGCACCUGAAUGGACAGAAGAGGACCUCAGCCAGCUGACAAGAAGUAUGGUGAAGUUCCCAGGAGGGACCCCAGGUCGAUGGGAAAAGAUUGCCCACGAAUUGGGUCGAUCCGUGACAGAUGUGACAACCAAAGCCAAGCAACUGAAGGAUUCAGUUACCUGUUCCCCAGGGAUGGUCAGGCUCUCGGAACUCAGAUCCACAGCUCAGAACUCCAGGCCCACCGCAGCCUUGCCGGACAGCAUCAUCACCCAGCGGGAAGAGGCCCAGUCCGCCACGGAGGAGGAGGAGGAGGCGGCGGCCGAGCCGGGGGUAGAGGCGGCGGAGGAGAGCCGGCCGCGCAGGCGGAGGCCGGCGCGGCCCGCCGAGCCGGAGGAGCGGGUCCGGGGGAGGAGGCAGAAGGACUUCGACCUGUCAGAACAGCGCGAGUUCAGCGACGAGGAGAGCCAGCAGAGAGCGCGCGCGCGAGCUGCAGAGGAGCCCUGGACUCAGAACCAACAGAAGCUUCUGGAACUAGCGUUACAGCAGUACCCGAGGGGGUCCUCUGACCGCUGGGACAAGAUAGCCAAGUGCGUCCCGUCCAAGAGCAAGGAAGACUGUAUCGCUAGAUACAAGCUGCUGGUUGAACUGAUUCAAAAGAAAAAACAAGCUAGAAGCUGAAUCCUCUGGAAGAUGAUGUUUACCUCCAUUUUCGAAAAGGAUUAUUUUAAAACUUAUGCAGAAAUUUGCAUUUUGUACCUCAGUAUUUCUAUACGUCAUGUGCCUUAGUGAAAAAAAAAAUUAAAAAUUUAAAAUAAACGUUGUGUUACAUUGUUUAAACAUACUGUGUUAACAGAGAAAAAACAGA